ACCAGCUGUGUUUUUACCGACAUACUGUCGUUGUCAAGCAAUCGCAACGUGCCGGUGACACAUUACGCAAUGUAUGAAACAAUCUAAGACGCUUCAUUAGGAUCAGACUAAGGAUUAAAAGAAACAAAACAAUGCUGCGCAAAGCAUCGAUGUUAGCUGCGGCCGCGGUCAUCACUUCUCCCGUGAAAAAUCCAUCAGAUACGGAAUCGCUCGUGUGUAAACCCAGUGAAUUGCCUAUCUAUGGUUCCAUACACAUUUCAGAUAAACCACAGAAACACCCAGAGCAGAAUCUGCGAGCUUCGCCUUUGCAGAAUACUUUAGAAGACGGUGUCCGUUUUGUUCGACUGGAACUGGGAAAAGGGUACAAGGCUGUAGGCGAACAGACCGCCAUUGUUGGCGAGUAUUAUAAUACGGCGAAGGAACACACGCAACGUUCUAUUGAUUUUCUGAAUGAGCCUCAGAACUCAAUGCAUCGUAGUGGCGCCAUUGUGAUGGGCGGUCUGGCUGGUUUCAUUUUCGCUGCUCGUGGUGGUUUCUUUAAGAAAGUGCUGUAUACCACCAUCGGCGCUGGUACCGUAGCAUCAUUGUGCUAUCCACGCCAGGCGGAGGAGAAUGUGCGUAUUGUCUUGUACGAGGGACGGAAGAUAUUUGCUGUUGCUUACAACUUCAUAAAGGGUGUGAAGCCUGGAGAGGAGAUAUCCAUUGAGCCAAUUCAGAAGUUCCCCACAACUCUGAAGGAUCUCAAGUUCCUGGCAAUAGAUCUGAUCGACGAAGCUAAGGACACAAUUUUCCCCAAGAAGAAGUAAAAAUAAGCGAUAUGCAAGUAAUACGAACCAAAAACUAUAUUUUGAUUUGCUAAGUCAAAUUCUAUUGUCUUUGAAAACAAGGUUCCCUAUAUUUCAUAUUUUCGUGUGAAUAGUAUACUUUACUUUCUGUUGAUUUUGUCGGCCAACUCGGCCGUCAGCAAUAAACUCAAGUUGAGCAUCAA